AUGUCCCACUUUAUUUCGUCAGGUCGUGACCCACUUUGUUUCGUCGUGACCCACUUUGUUUCGUCAGGUAGUGUCCCACUUUGUUUUGUCAGCUCAUGUCCCACUUUAUUUCGUCAGGACGUGUCCCACUUUAUUUUGUCAGGUAGUGUCCCACUUUAUUUCAUCAGGCCGUGUCCCACUUUAUUUCGUCAGGUUGUGUCCCACUUUAUUUCGCCAGGUCGUCUCCCACUUUGUUUCGUCAGGUCGUAA